GAAUUAACCUCCCGCCAUUAACAGAUCGAGUUCCUCACGAUUAUGUAUAUAAAAAAAAAGAAAAGUAUUAAGAAUUGGAUUCGAUCUCCAAAUCGGUAAUCCACAAUCAGAUUCCCACUAAUUGUUUGUUUUUCCAAUAUAUAUUGGAAGAAGAAUGACAAUUGCCCAAGCUUCUUUACUUUAAAUGCAUCUAUUUCCAGCAGCAUAGCAACAGCAGCAACAAUUCCUUCAAUUAUUCCCAAAUUCCAAUUCUGCUUAAGUAUUUGAUGCCCUCAUCACUCCAAUCCUUUUUUAACUACAAAAUGCGGAUUCCAAAGAGACCGACAUUCUCCUUUUGCCUCUUUAUCAUCUCUCCCGCGCCCAAGUUCAAUCCAACUCAUUUCUUCUCUCCUAGACUUAUUGAUUCUCGCUACAAACUUCUGUGCCCUUGUUUUCAUUCGGACCAACGAAGAAGAAGGAUUCCCGAAUUAGGUGUUCCUUGGAGCAAACCUUGGACUGUGUAGUACUUAAGGCUCAAACCCUCUGAGUUUUUGUUUGUGUCCAAUUUGGCCAAGGAAACCGCUACAUAAUGAAUGGGACUGGAGUAGAUGAGACAAUGAAAAAUGCUAAGAGUUUGAAUGACAAUUAUGGAGCUUCUCCACAUAUUUGGUCAUCUCCUGAUGGAGGAAAAGACAUUAACAUAGGGAGACAGAUAUUUUGCAAUAGAUCUUUAAAUAUGAAAAGCAUAGUUGCUGUUGGGUUUGACAUGGAUUAUACGUUAGCGCAAUAUAAACCAGAAACUUUCGAAUCUCUUGCAUAUGAAGGCACAGUUAGAAAGCUGGUCUAUGAUUUGGGAUACCCCUUGGAGUUGUUGAAUUGGACAUUUGACUGGAAGUACAUGGUCAGAGGUUUAGUUUUGGAUAAGAAGAGGGGAAACAUAUUAAAGAUGGAUCGACAUAAAUAUGUCAAAGUAGCCUAUCAUGGAUUUAAGGAGUUGUCAAAGGAAGAUAAAAUGUCAACUUAUGGAUAUACUUUGAUACGAGAUUCAUUUGAUGAACCUGAAUAUGCAGUCAUUGAUACUCUUUUCUCACUGGCUGAAGCUUACUUGUUUGCUCAACUGGUUGAUUUCAAGGACAAUAACCCUGGACAAGUUCCUGGAGGUGCAGACUAUGCUCAUAUGUACAAACAUGUUCGAGCAGCAGUAGAUUUGUGCCAUCGUGAUGGAACUCUGAAGCAGAUGGUUGCGAAGGAUCCAGCAAGGUAUAUUAAUGAUGAUGCCUCUAUUGUACCAAUGUUCAAAAUGCUAAGGGAUUCUGGCCGAGCUAUUUUCUUAGUGACAAACAGUCUUUGGGAUUACACAAAUGUUGUGAUGAAUUUUCUCUGCCGGACUCAAACAUCAGUUGGCAGUUCAGAGCUGAAUUUUGAUUGGCUCAAAUACUUUGAUGUUGUCAUCACGGGAAGCUCAAAACCAGGUUUUUUCCAUGAUGAGAACCGUGCUAACCUUUUUGAGGUUAAACCAGAAUCUGGGAUGCUUUGUAAUACAGAUAAUGGAACUCCUAUGGUUCAGGUUGGAAGUUCGGAAAGUUUUCCCGUGGAAAUCUCUGAAGAUGGUGGUUGUAGAGUUUUCCAGGGAGGAAAUGUGGGUCAUCUGCAUAAACUACUUUCUGUAGAGUCAAGUCCACAGGUUCUUUAUGUUGGAGAUCACAUAUAUGGAGAUAUUUUACAAAGCAAAAAGGUUUUAGGGUGGAGAACAAUGCUAGUUGUUCCAGAACUUGAACGAGAGGUUGAGCUCCUCUGGGAAUCAAGAGAAUUGCGUAAGCAACUUCGGUCAUUGAGGAGUGAGCGUGACACUGUUGAAGAUGAAAUACAUCAUCGCAGAUGGUCUCUCAAGUUUAAUGCUGGGCAUGAUGAAAAUAAGCAGCAGGAGUCAGAUCUUGAUGAAAUGGAGUAUCAAAAGGAUGAUGUGCGUCUCAGUCAUCAACAAGGACAAAGAGAACUUCAUCAGAAGUUUCAUAAGGUCUGGGGACAACUGAUGAAGACUGGAUAUCAGAACUCUCGUUUCGCACACCAGGUGGAGAGGUUUGCUUGUCUUUAUACAAGCCAGGUGACAAAUCUGAGCUUAUACUCCCCUGACAAGUACUAUCGACCAAGUGAAGAUUUUAUGCCCCAUGAAUUCGACAUACUCGGUCUGUGAUAAGUGAAAAGGAUAUUGGUCACAGUUACAUACAAAGUAAAUAAAAAUAAUGCCCACUAAUAAGUAAUAACUAGUCUUCUAAGAUGUUUUGUGUGUUUUGUUUUUUUCUUACUGCAUAUCUUUGGACUUGUAAGCUUGUGAAUGUUUUUUGGAACUAGUUUUAAAAGCUUUUACAUUUUUUCUUUUGUA